AUGAAGCAUUUGUCAACAAGACAACAAGAAGAAUGCAUCGAAUAUGUUAAGCAGGAAAUGCUUAUUAUGGAUAUUGAUCAAUCUGCUCAAUCACCUCCAAAAAAGAAACAAUGUUUGGCAAACACCUCAUAUACAUAUAUGACAGAAUUUUACUUAAAUACAGAAAAUGAUGAUGAAGAUUAUGUUGAUCAACAAUGUUCAUCAAAAGCUGCAUCACACAUGAAUGAAAUCGAAUUAUAUUUAAAACAUGGUUUAGAUAAAACGAUAAUAACAACAGAUUAUGAUCAAGAAAACAAAGAAUUUAAUCCUCUAUCAUUUUGGAAAAAAAAAGAAAGUACUUAUCCUAUUUUGGCAAAGGUUGCUGCGCGAGUUUUAGGUGUACCAGCUACUAGCGCAGCCGUGGAGCGUGAAUUCAGUUUUGCUGAAUUUAAUAAAACAUUAAAUAUUUAUCCACGAUCUGAAUUACUAAUUGAAAAUUUGUGUCAAUCAAAUGGAAAUUGGUAUAAUAAACUACCAAAUCUACGACAUUUUACUUUAAAAACUUUCAUUUUAAAUGAUGUGCAAUUUGUUUAUCUGAAAUGGCUUCUUAAUAAUUUAAAUCAUGUUCAAAAACUGAAACUUCGCCUGGGAAGUGAAAACCUGUGUCGAACAGAUCAAAUAAUAUGGAAAUCUUAUAUUGAUGCAAAUUUUGUUCAACAAUAUUGUUUACCUGAUAUUAUAAAUAAUAUAAUAGAUUUUGAUCUUUAUAUAUGUUUUUAUUGUCAAUUAUUAUCAAUUGAUGUUGAAAAAGUAAUUAAUUCAUUUCGAUAUCAUUCUCUUUUUAUUAAUCGCCAAUGGACAAAUAUAAAAUGUUUUUAUGAUCCAAUAGUAUCAUAUCAACACUUGUUUUCUACAAAUAUCAAUAUGACACUUCAAACCUUUAAUGGUUUAGUUAAUGAACCGUAUGUUUUUCAAUGGCCAAAUAUUCACCAUAUUUCGAUUGAUUUUAAUCCAUCACUGUAUAUAUUUCUUAAGCAACUUGAUGAAACAUUUCCGAAUGUCUCUUCGAUUACUGUUUAUAUGGGUAAAUAUUAA